CGUCCAGUAGAAACACACACAGAUGUGCAUACAUGAAUGCAGAAAAAUACAAUAGGUGUGUGUACCUGCCUAGCACUGAAGGUUCCUCUACAAUUGAGUUCUAGGGUUUUGUACAGAUUUCCUAAAUGCUUCCUUUGCUUUUUCUCAUUCCCCUACUGCAGGUUCCCUUCCUUGUGUGUUCACUGGUUGAUAGUUUGUGCUUUCUUGAGUUACAAAACAGCCUUCAUAAUGAUGGAGAUAUGGUGAUUGCUGACCCCCCCAUGUAUAGAUACAUCACUAAGAGAAGCAUCAAUAAUCCCAUAUUCAUAUGCCAAGUCUCCUGCCGCAGAAACAUAAACGAAGUCUUUUCGCAAGCAUUCACUGAUCCGAAGUCCAGGAACUGCUUCAUGGAGAGCAGGGAUGGCGAGAAGCAUGUAGAAGUCCACUUGGCCCAGAAUGCCGCUGUCCGCCAACACUGGGCCGGAGCCGGAGCCGGAGUCCGAGGCAAGGCUGCGGUGUCUGCGGGGGCCUAUGGCAUGCAGCUCCGGGCCCGAGCCGGCCACGGUGACUCUGCACAGCAGCCGCGCCAGCCUCAUGCCAAGCCCGGCUGGAGGAGCUGGAGCCCCAGCACCAGGUCACCACUGGGCGCCUCAGCUGGGCAGUACAUACUAUAUCUCCUUGUGAUUUGUCAGGAUGGUCCCAAGUGCUAUUCCAAGAUUGAACGGAGUUUUUACAAGGAUGGAGACAUUGAGAUUGCUUCCUUUUUCCCCAUUUACAUACACCUCGUUAACAGACUCAUGAAUAUUUUCCAAAGCGAUCUCACAUUCAUCCGGUUUCAAUCCAAAAACUACCAAUAUGUUCUGGCCUUGGUUUUUGCUAUUGAGGAGAUCAACAAGAACACCCAUCUUUUACCCAACAUGACAUUGGGAUUUGAUCUCUAUAAUGUCAUGCACAGUGACAUGAUGGUGAUGGAGAAUCCCUUCAUCUGGCUUGCGGGAAUGGAAAAGUAUGUUCCCAAUUACACGUGUAGGAAACAGAGCAAGUCUGUAGCCGUAAUAUCAGGAACAAGCAUUGCUGCCCAAAUGGGGACACUCCUGGAACUCUACAAAAUUCCACAGCUGACUCUUGGAUCUUUUGAACCUCUUCUGAGUGACAGUGCUCAGUUUCCUUCUGUCUAUCAGAUGGCCCCCAAAGACACUUCUCUGGCCCAUGGCAUGGUCUCCUUGAUGCUUCAUUUCAGCUGGACCUGGGUGGGUUUGGCCAUCUCAGACCUCCCAAAAGGUAUUCAGUUUAUGUCUGAUUUGAAAGUCGAGAUGCAGAAGAAUGGCAUCUGUGUAGACUUUGUGGAAUUCAUCCCAGUCACUGAGGAGUCACAUAAUUCAUUCCAGAGGCUGUAUCAUAUCCAGAUCCUAAAAUCAUCAGCAAAUGUGGUGAUUCUUUUCUGUGACACUGAUUCACUCAUAGGCGUCAGCUUUCCAACAUGGGAACGUGUAAUGACAUGGAAAGUCUGGGUCACCACCUCACAAUGGGAUUUUGCCAGCGAUGAGCAUCAUAUCCUGCUCCACUCAUUCCAUGGGACUCUCAUUUUUUCACACCACCAUAGUGAGAUCUCUGGUUUCAAAAACUUUCUUCAGACAGUUAACCCUUCCAAAUACCCAGAAGACUUUUACCUCUCUACAUUCUGGUCACUACAUUUUGAUUGCUCAGUUACUGGGCCAUCCUGCAAAACCUUGAGAAACUGUCCACUGAAUGCCUCCUUGGAAUCCUUGCCUUUUCAUCAUUUUGAUAUGAGCAUGAGUGAUGGGAGUUACAACAUAUACAAUGCUGUGUAUGCUGUGGCCCACAGUGUACAUGAGAUGCUUCUACAAGAGUUAGAAAUGCAGCCAGUGAGCAGUGGGUCAAAGGUGGAAUUUUCUCCUUGGCAGUUGCACCCAUUUCUCAAGAACCUCCAACUUACCAAUCCUGCGGGAGACCUAGUGAAUUUGAAUCACAUGAGGAAUUUGGAAGCUGAAUAUGACAUUCUCAACUUUCUGAAUUUUCCAUAUGGUGUUGGACAUAAGGUUAAAGUAGGACAGUUUUCCCCGUAUGUUCCACAGAGCCAACAGUUGUCUCUCUCUGAGAAUUUGAUAGAGUGGGCCACAGGAAUUACAGAGACUCCACGUUCAGUAUGCAGUGAGAGUUGCAGCCCUGGAUUCAGGAAAGCCCCUCUGGAGGGGAAGCCUACCUGUUGUUUUGAUUGCACACCUUGUUCUGAGAAUGAGAUUUCCAAUCAGACAGAUAUGGACCAGUGUGUGAAGUGUCUAGAUCUUCAGUAUGCCAACACAGAGCGAAACCAGUGCUUCCACAAAAGAGUGACCUUUCUGUCGUUUGAAGAUGCCCUGGGGAUGACCCUGGUCUGCACAGCUCUGUGCUUCUCUGUCCUCACCGUUGUUGUCCUUGGGGUCUUUGUGAAGCACCGAGACACUCCCAUAGUCAAGGCCAACAAUCGUUGUCUCAGCUACAUCCUGCUCAUCACCCUCAUCUUCUGCUUCCUCUGCUCCUUACUGUUCAUUGGUCGUCCCAACAAAACCACCUGUGUCCUCCAGCAGACCACAUUUGGAGUGGUAUUCACUGUGGCUAUUUCCACUGUCCUGGCCAAAACUAUCACUGUGCUUCUGGCCUUCAGGGUCACUGGCCCAGGGAGAAGAAUGAGACACUGGCUGAUAUCAGGGUUACCUAACUCCAUUAUUCCCAUCUGCUGCCUGAUCCAACUGGCUCUCUGUGGCUUCUGGCUUGGGACUUCUCCUCCCUUUAUUGACACAGAUGCACACUCUGACCAUGGCCACAUCAUCCUGGUGUGCAACAAGGGCUCGGUCACUGCCUUCUACUGUGUCCUGGGCUACCUGGGUUCCUUGGCCCUGGCCAGCUUUACUGUGGCUUUCCUAGCCAGGAAUCUGCCUGACACCUUCAAUGAAGCCAAAUUCCUGACAUUCAGCAUGCUGGUGUUUUGCAGUGUCUGGCUGACCUUCUUGCCUGUCUACCACAGCACCAAGGGGAAGGUCAUGGUGGCUGUGGAGGUCUUCUCCAUCUUGUGCUCCAGUGCAGGGCUCCUGGGCUGCAUCUUUGUUCCCAAGUGCUACAUUAUUCUCUUUAGACCUGAGAAGAAUGCUUUGAAAGGAUUCAGGGAUAGAAUAAUUUCCAAGGAAACAGAUGUUCUCAGGAAUAGCUCUUAG